AUGGGUUCUCAGCCUCCUGUCCACAAGCGACUCAUCGUCUGUUGCGAUGGGACGUGGAUGAAUAGCGACAACGGCUACGUAGAGCCGACUCUGGAACACCCUCAGGGAACACUUCAAGUACCUUCGAAUGUGACGCGAAUUAGCCGAUGCUUCAAGCGGCGGUGCAACGAUGGCACCCUGCAAGUCAUGUCAUAUGAAUCCGGAGUGGGAACUGGUAGUAAUGCCAUUGACACCCUCACCGGCGGCGCAUUCGGCCUGGGUCUCUCAGAACGAGUCCGCGAUGCGUACUCAUAUCUAUCCUCCAACCAUAUGGACGGCGAUGAAAUAUUUCUCGUCGGAUUUUCUCGAGGGGCCUUUACAGCUCGAUCAGUCGCAGGAAUGAUUGGCAACCUAGGCCUUCUCACCAGAGAGGGCUUGGAGUACUUCUAUCCCAUCUUCAAGGACAUGGAAAACUGGAACAACGACGAUUAUGACGACGAGUUUCCAGGGCAGCCGUUUCCCAACAAACCCAAAGGACCAAACGCAGCCGCCGUGUACCGAAAGAGGCUCGAGGAGCUGGGGUAUACCCGCGUUUACCAGGAGAAUGGCGAGUUGAUCAAAAUCAAGGCCGUCUGCGUUUGGGACACUGUUGGUAGUCUGGGUAUCCCCAAGGAAGCUAACCUCCACAGCACAUAUAAAUGGCAUGAUACAUCGCUGUCGGAUCGCAUAGAACAUGCCUUUCAGGCACUUGCUCUGGAUGAAACCCGUGCUCCAUUUUCCCCAGCUGUCUGGGAACGUCUUCCAGAGAAUAGGUUGACGACCGAUCUUAGACAGGUCUGGUUCCCAGGAAACCACGGAAACUGUGGUGGAGGUUGGCCCGAUCAGGAGGCUUCUGACUCUUCACUUGCCUGGAUGAUGGACCAGAUGGCAUCUGUCGGAGUCGAGUUCGAUUUAUCAUGUCUCGAGAGGGUCGCACAAAAGACCAUCGGCUACUACAAAAGCCUCAAUCAGCCUGUGCGGCCGUGGGCACUCGGGUCCAUCAAUAAGGCUGGCAGCUUCAUAUACAAACUCUCGGGAUUCGAAGACAGGACGCCUGGUUUAUAUAAGCGAACCGACCCGAAGACAGAACGUGACACCAAUAUCUUCUUGCAAGACACCAAUGAACGUAUCCACAGCUCUGCCAGAGUACGCCUUGCUUGCAAGGGUCUUGGCUUGGACGAUAAGGGAGUCUGGGGCUGUCCAUCCCUAUCCAGCUGGCAGCUGAAGCAUACGGAUGCAACUUUUGAAGACCCGAUCCCUCACAAUCCCAGCUGGUGGCAAGGUCCGCCCGAUGAAUCUGGGGUGGAUAAACAACAGGCUGGAAGAUGGAUUUGGGAGUUCGCGGGGCCAAAGGGUUCUGCGCCUACGGACCCCAAGCAGAGGAUCAUGGUGGAGGAGCCAUUGGGACCUUAUGAGCGAUAUCUGCUUCAACUCUCGGAGGGAACGCCAAACGUCUAUCUGUUUGCCGAGACUCAGGAUAUUGACUGGCAGGGAAAGAAGAUUCCCGCCUUGAGAAGUGGCAAGGAGUAA